AUGAUUUUGGGUGUGGAUUGGAUGAGAGCACACAACCCUGUACUCUUAGAUUUUGUGGCUUACAAGGCUGAGGCAACACACAAUGGAAAAAGGGUGGAGUUAAGAGGAAUCUACAGUAAGGCCUUAUUACAGAGUAUGUCAGGGAGCCACUUAAGACAACUGUUCAAGAAGGGAAAGGAGGUUUGGGGGCAUUUGUUCACAAUUACCGCAGAGGACUUGGAAAAGAAGUCAAAUGAAUUACCUCCAAUGAUCACUGAGUUACUGCAACAGCAUGAGGACGUGUUUGAGGAGCCUAAAACUUUACCACAAGCAGACAACAUGAUCAUUUUAUCCCUCUCAAACCUGAAGCAGCACCUAAGCAGAUUCUGCCUUUCAGACACUCAAGUAGGCUCCAGAGGCAUUGGUGCAGUUCUCAUGCAAGAGGGUAGGCCACUAGCCUUUUUCAGCAAGGCUCUUACACCUAAACAUUGGGGGUUGUCUACAUAUGAGAAGGAAUAUAUGGUUGUUUUAGCUGCCGUGGACAGAUGGAGGCAUUAUUUACAAGGGGGUCACUUUAUUAUCAAGACUGAUCAUCACAGCCUUAAAUACCUCCUUGAACAGAAAGUGACAACUGCCUCGCAGCAAAAGGGACUUGUUAAGAUCCUAGGGCUGGAUUAUGAAGAAAUAGUGAAUAGCUAUGAACCUGAUCCAAUGUCCUCACAGUUGCUGACAGAACGCAUCACCAGCCCAGACUCUAAACAACAUUACACUCUCCAGCAAGGGGUGAUCAGGUACAAACAACGAAUUUUUGUUGGUAGAGGUGUUGAUCUCGGGAGGAAGAUUUUCCUUGCCUUGCAUGCUGCACCAGUUGGUGGUCAUUCAGGGCAGAUGGGUACUUACAAAAGAGUUAAGAAUUUUUUCUAUUGGCCAAAAUGA